AUGGAGGAGAUUUUUGUGAGUCUGCCUGUAAAAUCCUUGCUUCGGUUCAAAUGUGUAGCCAAAUCCUGGCGCGCCCUCAUCGCUGACCCUUCUUUUAUUGCCAGACAUCUUGAACGGUCCAGAUCUACCAGCAAGAUUCCCCGCCUGAAGCUUAUCUUCCAAUUGGAAAGUUUCACUCGGGUGCCCUACAUAUCCUUGAUUUCUAAAGACCAACCUUAUUGUGUGCCCCACCACAUGGAACCUCUCCCUCGGAAGGAGUAUCGGGGGUUUCAUGGUCACUGUGAUGGGAUUUUCUGUCUGUACGUGAUCAGUGUCACUGAAGAAGAUGAAAAUGAGAAUAAGUUGCUCAACUAUUUGUACCCAACAAAAGGAGGAGAUAAUUAUCUGCUGGAUAAGAGCAACCUAAUCCUUUGGAACCCAACAACAAAAGAGGAUAAACUUAUUGCGGCGUCUCAGCGCCUUCUACCCAAAGGCAUAGCUUCUGUCAUGUUUGGAUUGGGGUUUGAUCCCAUUACAAAAGAUUACAAGGUUGUUCAACUUUUACUUCCUCUUUUCGAGAAUAAACGUCUGGUCGAAGUAUAUAAUCUUAGUACUAAUUCUUGGAGGGUAUUAGAUGUUGUUGUCCCAGAUUUUGGAUUAUGUUAUGAUAAUUGUACGUUUUAUUUGAAUGGAGCUUAUCAUUGGUUAGUUUUUGAUGACUUGCAUGGGAUCAAAAGAGAGUUUAUUUUGAGUUUCGAUUUUAGCAACGAGGUGUUUGGGAUGAUCCAAUUGCCACCUGCAGUUGAUUCUUUACGUGGACCAGGCAAUAUUUUUGUACUUGAUCGAAGUCUUGCUUUUGUUCAACAUAGUUUCAGAACCCGAGAAUUUAAGAUUUGGGUGAUGAAUGAGUAUGGUGUUGAAAGUAGCUGGACUGAUAAGUUUGAGAUUGGACGAUUUCAUGAGUUGAGAUCCGUCUUAGGAUCUUGGGGGGAUAAUGAAAUUCUUAUUGAAAACUUUGAUGGUGAAGUAAUUUCUUAUAAUCUUCAAAAUCAACACAUGCAUGCUCCAAAAACGAAUUGUGGUCUUGGCCAUGAUAGUGUGGUUCCUUUGAUGGCAGAGGCCUAUGGUUUUGACUAUGUGGAUAGUUUGGUUCCUUUGGCGGGGAGGAGGAUAUACAACAAAAUAUGA